AGAAAUUUCGGUUUACAAUUAAGCAGCCGAAUCACUUAAAAUAUUUUGGUCCACUUUCAAUAUUUAAAUUCACAAUGAUCCAUUUGACUUGCUCUACUCUUAUAUCUGUGCUGGUUUUGAAUUGAUUAAUAAUGCGAGGACAUACUACUCUUACAUUAUUUUCUCUUCCUCAUCGUCUCCGUCCUCCUCCGCCAAGAGUGCUUUCAUUGACGGACCGACCGCUCUCUCGAUCCCGUUUUGUUUUUGUUUUUGCCAUCUCUAGUUAGCUAGGAUGGAUUCAUUAGAUCUCCCUCCAUCAGGGAAGUCGCCUCGAAGAGAACUUCAAGGGCCUAGGCCGCCACCGCUCAGCGUCCGAAAGGACUCCCACAAGAUCCGGAAACCGCCGGCGGCACAACGCCCGCCAUCCCAAGCGUCUCUGCCGCCUAAACAACCCCGGCAGCCCGUCAUAAUCUAUGCGGUCUCCCCAAAGGUCAUCCACACAAAUCCGAGCGAAUUCAUGGCCUUAGUACAACGUCUCACGGGUCCAUCCCCAAAGUAUGCCGCCUCUUCCUCAUCCCCCAGGGUCGACCCGUUUUCACAUCCGAACGGUGCAGUCUCCCCUGCCGCCCGGUACGCCUCCCUGGAGAGGGCCGCCAAGUCACCGAUAACCAAGAGACCAAGGAGGGAUAAUGAUAUUGACGAUGACGUGACCAUGCUAGAAGGGAUCGACAUGAUGGACCGAGUCGUGGAGAGGACGGCAAUGAUCCCGGGAAUCCUGUCCCCGGGGCCAGCAUCUCUUCAGCCGAUACCUGCUACGUUCUUCUCUCCGCCAUCCGACCCCAACCCACUCGGCUUCCUGCACGACUUCAGCCCGGCGAUGCUCUAUAACAACAAGAACUUCAACUUCUCGGAGAUCAGCAGCCUCUUGCAGAGCCCGACACCGUUUGUUUCGCCCCGCAUGACUUCCCCCUUGCCAUCUAUGGAUCUCUUCAACAAUUUUUUUGACUUGUAACAUCAUUUUUUGUUAACUUUAGGAUUCAUUCACUACUUUCAUUUUCAUUUUGUUUUUUUUUUUUUGUUUCUGUGACUACAAUGUGUUAGAUUGGAAGCAAGAACACAUGAGGGUAAAACAGACAUUUGAAAUUCGAUAUUAAAUACUCAUAUAUCUUGGGU